GGGAGGGAAGCCGAGGCUGGGCGCUCCAGGCCGGCCGGAGGUGGCGGCGGCGGCGGCGUUGGCGGCGGCGAGGCCGGGACUCGGGCUGAGGGCCUGCUGUGGCGGCAGCGGCGGACUGCGACCUCAGCAGUUUCUCUGGAAACCCCCCUGGUAAGUGCAGAGGAGGCGGGACACUCUGACCCAAGACAAAGACCUGUAGCUCCAGCCAAAGAAAAUAAACCCUAGGAAGGAGAAAGAAGGAAGGAAAGAAAGAAAUCCACUCACCAGCUGUUCCUGUGAACAGCCUACAGUGGGGUCUCCACAGAGGACAGCCGAUGUGAGUGGGAGCUGACUGGAUGUGGACUGGAGACAGUAAGUUGAGAGGGCCUUGAGGGCCUGGACUGGGUUAGUAACAGCUGAACUUUAGAGGUGAGGUGUCAAGAAGGCAAGAGUGAAUGCGGUCUGGAGUGUGGCUUUCGCUCCACAGGGAGUGCUUUCCUCUGGGGCCAUCAGGGAGCUCAGCCCCUGUGUUGUGCCAGGGUAGGGUACAGGGUCUCCUACUGAGGAGGGUAACCUGCUGGCUGGAGUGGCAGAGCAGUGGCCUUGAUUUGUCUUGUGGAAGAUUUAAAAACAAAAAAGCAUAAACAUUCUGGUCCUUCAGCAAUGCUUUCUCUGAAGAAAUACUUAACGGAAGGACUUCUCCAGUUCACCAUUCUGCUGAGUCUGAUUGGGGUUCGGGUGGACGUGGAUACUUACCUGACCUCACAGCUCCCCCCACUCCGGGAGAUCAUCCUGGGGCCCAGCUCUGCCUAUACUCAGACCCAGUUCCACAACCUGAGGAAUACCUUGGAUGGCUAUGGGAUCCACCCCAAGAGCAUAGACCUGGACAAUUACUUCACUGCCCGGCGACUCCUCAGUCAGGUGAGGGCCCUGGAUAGGUUCCAGGUGCCUACCACUGAGGUAAAUGCUUGGUUGGUUCACCGGGACCCGGAGGGGUCUGUCUCUGGCAGCCAGCCCAACUCAGGCCUCGCCCUCGAGAGUUCCAGUGGCCUCCAAGACGUGACAGGCCCAGACAACGGGGUGAGAGAAAGUGAAACGGAGCAGGGAUUCAGUGAAGAUUUGGAAGAUUUGGGGGCUGUGGCCCCUCCUGUCGGUGGAGACUUAACUAAAGAGGAUAUAGAUCUGAUUGACAUCCUUUGGCGACAGGAUAUUGAUCUGGGGGCUGGGCGUGAGGUUUUUGACUACAGUCAUCGCCAGAAGGAGCAGGAUGUGGAUAAGGAACUACAAGAUGGAGGAGAACGAGAGGACACCUGGGCAGGCGAGAGCGCGGAAGCUCUGGCCCGAGACCUGCUAGUAGAUGGAGAGACUGGGGAGAGCUUCCCUGCACAGUUCCCAGCAGACGUUCCCAGCAUCGCAGAAGCAGUGCCUAGUGAGAGCGAGUCCCCCACCCUUCAGAACAGCCUUCUAUCUCCUCUUCUGACGGGGACAGAGUCACCAUUUGAUUUGGAACAGCAGUGGCAAGAUCUCAUGUCCAUCAUGGAAAUGCAGGCUAUGGAAGUGAAUACAUCAGCAAGUGAAAUUCUGUACAGUGCCCCUCCUGGAGACCCUCUUAGCACCAACUACAGCCUUGCGCCCAACACUCCUAUCAAUCAGAAUGUCAGCCUGCAUCAGGCAUCCCUGGGUGGCUGCAGCCAGGACUUCUCCCUCUUCAGCCCCGAGGUGGAGAGCCUACCUGUGGCCAGCAGCUCCACCCUGCUUCCACUCGUCCCCAGCAACUCUACCAGCCUCAACUCCACCUUUGGCUCUACCAACCUAGCAGGGCUUUUCUUUCCAUCCCAGCUCAAUGGCACAACCAAUGACACAUCAGGCCCUGAGCUGCCUGACCCCCUGGGGGGCCUGUUAGAUGAAGCCAUGCUGGAUGAAAUCAGCCUGAUGGACCUGGCCAUUGAGGAGGGCUUCAACCCGGUGCAGGCCUCCCAGCUUGAGGAGGAGUUUGACUCUGACUCAGGCCUCUCCUUGGACUCCAGCCAUAGCCCUUCCUCCCUGAGCAGCUCUGAAGGCAGCUCUUCUUCCUCUUCUUCCACCUCCUCCUCCUCUUCUGCUUCCUCCUCUGCCUCUUCUUCCUUUUCUGAGGAAGGUGCUGUCGGUUACAGCUCUGACUCGGAGACGCUAGAUCUAGAAGAGGCUGAGGGUGCCGUGGGUUACCAGCCGGAAUACUCCAAGUUCUGCCGCAUGAGCUACCAGGAUCCUUCUCAGCUCUCUUGCCUUCCCUACUUAGAGCAUGUGGGCCACAAUCACACCUACAAUAUGGCACCCAGUGCCCUUGACUCUGCUGAUCUACCACCACCUAGCACCCUCAAGAAAGGUAGCAAAGAAAAGCAGGCUGACUUCCUGGACAAGCAGAUGAGCCGAGAUGAGCACAGAGCCCGAGCCAUGAAGAUCCCAUUCACCAAUGACAAAAUCAUCAACCUACCCGUAGAGGAAUUCAAUGAGCUGCUGUCCAAAUACCAGCUGAGCGAGGCCCAGCUGAGCCUCAUCCGGGACAUCCGGCGCCGGGGCAAGAACAAGAUGGCUGCACAGAACUGCCGCAAGCGCAAGCUGGACACCAUCCUGAACCUAGAACGUGAUGUGGAGGACUUGCAGCGAGACAAGGCCCGGUUGCUCCGAGAAAAGGUAGAGUUCCUGCGGUCACUGCGACAGAUGAAGCAGAAGGUCCAGAGCUUAUACCAGGAGGUGUUUGGGCGGCUGCGGGAUGAGAACGGGAGGCCCUACUCACCCAGUCAGUAUGCGCUUCAGUAUGCUGGGGAUGGCAGUGUCCUCCUCAUCCCUCGCACGAUGGCUGACCAGCAGGCCCGGCGACAGGAGAGAAAGCCAAAGGACCGGAGGAAGUGAGCCAGGGGAGGCAGGGGGUGGACGCUCACUAAGACAGAAACUGGAGAAGGGCUGGGCCUGGACCUAACAUUGGGGACUUAAAUGCCUUCUUAUCCAAUAUAUCUUCUCAGAUGGGAUGACUGCGGGUCAGUGCACAGAAGAGGCGGGCGCGGGCGCUGUCUGGCUUAGCUUCCCCACUGGGAGUGGGUGGAAAUGACCAGACUAUUUGAGUGAUUGGGGUCCCCAGCCUACUCCCUUCUUUCUCCUGAGGGAAGGGUGGUAUUGGCAUGCUGGAGGUAGAGGGGCUGUGUGGAGUGAAAGGGAAAAGGAGGACUUGGGAGAACAGAGAAAGUAGUGGAAAGUCUCAUUCCUGGAAGGAGAAAAGGAAGGAGAUCCCCUAAAAUCAAAGCAGUCAGAAAAAGCAGAGGGACUGUUAAGGGCCUUGGCCAGCAUUCCAGGCAGUGAGUGUGACCCCAGUGGGCCUAAGUGAAGUCUCUGGAAUGGAAACACAGACAUGGUGGGGCCGUGGAAGGGCUUUUUAACUGUUUCUUGAACUCUGUCAUCCCUGAAGGGGAAGAAGCUCUUGGAUGGCACCUAUAUUGUUUUAGUUACUUAAACGGAGAGCUGUGGGGGACCCAACACUGACUUGUUUUCAGGCCAGAGGAGGGCAGAGGGUAUAGACAGUGAUAAAGAGGCCUGUGUUGCAGCAGCCCCAACAUCAAGCAUGUCACUCACUGCCCUGCCACAGCCCCCUCCCUCCCUAGCCACCACCUAAGAGCCUGCAUGGAAAUGCUGUUCUCUUCCCACUCUCCCCCUUUUGUGGUACCCACCCUCACUAGCUGCCUAGAGCUCUCUGGAGUGGGGUGCUACUCUGGCAGUACCCGGAACCUGGCCUACAGCUUCCUCUGCAGGGGCUGAACAGAAGCAAGGUGAUGGUGUGGAGGGAGAAGCCAGCUCAGUGGCCUCUAGGCACUGUUCAGCACAACAUUGGGAAGUGAUCUUCCCUCAGGCCCCUCUGCCUACUAACACCUGGCCUUGUCACUGGGGGAAAACGAAAACCUAUAAACCCCAGCAACAAAACCUAGUCCUCUUAGACUUUCUUGCGCUUUGAUUUUUUUAGGGCGUGUGCCCUGUUUCACUUAUAGGGCCUAGGAUGCUUGUGUUGAGUAAGAAGAAGAUGCCCCAAUAUUCAAAGCUGCUAAAUGUUCUCUUUGCCAUAAAGACUCCGUGUAACUGUGUAAACACUUGGGAUUUUUCUCCUCUGUCCCGAGGUCUUGUCUUGUUUUCUUUUUUGGGUUUCUUUCUAGGAAAAUGAGAAAUGCAUGAAAGGGCUGGAGAUGCCCCUCCACUAGGCUUUCAGCUUCAGGCAGCUGCUUCACAGCCUGGUUAGCCUGGGCUCCUGAAGGACAGCCCUGGGGAGGCAGGGAGGGCAGCAGCACCAAGGUAGUAGCCAGAUGGUUCCAGGAUCACAGUGUCUUUUUUUUUUUUUUUUUUUUUUCCGGUCACUUGCCACUGCCGCGUCCCCUCCCCCCCAAUCCUGGUCAGCUCUGGAGUACUGUCUGCCCCCCAACUAGCAGGGGUGAGUCAGGGGGAAGUACUGAUUCCCCUCCCUGUGCAGGAAGGGGUUUCCUAACUGAGCAAUAGGGAUAGAAAGCGUGAACCUGGGAGUGCUUUUUAUAAAUUAUUUUCCUUGUAGAUUUUAUUUUUAAUUUAUCUCUGUGACCUGCCAGGGAGAGGAGAGAGAGAAAUGCUGUGAGCACAUGACAAAAUAAAAUCAAAUAAAAUGGA